CAAAGCCUGGGAUAUAGGCAAACGUUGCAGAGGAGGAUGUAGAAUGCGCUAUAGAUUACUUGCGUCCACUAGAGUUCGCUGCUUCCACCGCCACCACCGACGAUCUUACAGUAGCCUCAGCCGCCGGGGACUCGUGAAAGUCGAGCCAUGGCGGAAGGGAAAGACCAACAAGUUCACCAUCGACGAGGAGCAGUGUAGGAGCCGGAUCAGGCAGGCGGUGGAGGAGCUCUGCACCGAUGGCUGCCGGGCGGACAUCAACACGUACGCGUCGCUGCUCCAGCAGUGCGGCAACGCGGGCGCUCUGGCAGAAGGCAAGCGCGUCCACGCCCGGAUCCUCCACCUCGGCCUCGAGGCCGACAAGCUCGUCGCCAACUUCCUCAUCCUCAUGUACGGCAAGUGCAAGAGCGUCGACCUCGCCACCCAGGUGUUCGAGCGGAUGCCCAGGCGGAACGACUACUCGUACAGCAUCAUGCUCCAGGCAUUUGCCGACUGCGGGCAAAUGCGGCUGGCGCGGGAAGUCUUUGACAAGAUGCCGCUCCAGGCCGAUAUCUCGUGGACCGCACUCAUCUCCGGCUACGCCAAGAACGGCUUCCUGGAGGAGGCCGAGGCGAUCUUCCGGAAACUCCCCCGCCGCCACUUCGUCGCCUGGACCGCCCUCGUCACAGCGUAUGCCCAGAACGGGCAAGCUUCAAAGGCGUUCCGGACCUUCCAACUCAUGGACCUGGACGGCUCCCAGCCCGACUCCAUCGCUUUCAUCAGCGUCUUGGAUGCCUGUGCGACCGUCUUCGCACUCGACGCCGGGAGAUUGGUCCACAGGACAGUGGCGGAUGCCGCAGUGAGCCUGGAUGCCCGAGUUGUCAACAUGCUCAUCCACCUUUAUGGACGCUGCGGCGCUCUUCGUGAAGCUCGAUCCCUCUUCGACAAGCUGGACGAGCGCAACGUUGUCUCGUGGACCACCAUGGUCGCCGCCUAUGCCCAGAACGGCUACCCGGACGAGGCCCGAGCCAUCUUCAAUGAGAUGCCUCGCCGCAACCUUGUGUCCUGGAACGCCAUGGUGACGGCCUACGCCGAGAAUGGCCGCGGGAAGAAGGCGCUCGAGAUCUUCCGGCUCAUGGACCUGGAAGGCACCCAGGCUGAUGGAUUCACUUACUUGGGAUCGCUGGAUGCCUGCUCCACGAUCCCAGACCUGGCCUACGGGAGACUCAUCCACGCCGAGAUCCGCGAGAGUCGCAGCUCCGGCGAUCCCAAAGUUGGCAACGCGCUGCUCAAUCUCUAUGCCAAGUGUGGCCACCUCCGGGACGCGGUGGCGCUGUUCGCAACGAUGCCGAUGAAGAUCCUUGCGGCCUGGAACACCAUGAUCGGGGCCUUCGCUCAAACCGGCCACGGCAAAGAAGCCAUCGAAGUCUUCGAGCAUCUGGCGCUGGAAGGCCUGCUACCGGACGAGAUUAGCUUCAUCAGUGUUCUCUCCGGCUGUGCCUACGCCGGGAUCUUCAAGGACGGGCUCCGGAUCUUCGUUUCCAUCACGUCCGACUAUGGAGUGACCCGAGUCUACGACCACUUCGUGUGCGCUGUGAACAUCCUGUGCCAGGCCGGGAUGCUGGAGGAGGCCGAGGAGCUUGCCGAUACCAUGCCGUUUGUGACCGACGCCAUCCCGUGGAUGACUUUGCUCGCCGCUGCCAAGGUCCAGAACGAUAUGCCGCGAGCUGCCCGUGCUGGAGAGAAAGCUCGCAAGCUCAAUCCUAAUGUAUCGGCGCCUUACGUGAUGCUGUCCAGCGUCUAUCACAUGCGGCGCCAGCAAGCCGGCGAGAGCGAAGACGAGGACGAAGAGGUGAUCUUGUCCGAAAGGUGAUCAUCCUCGGUGAGACAAGCGAUCGAUCACUAGAUUUCUUCUGACUGUAUUAACAGCAAUGCUCGAGGGAAUAAAACCAAGCAAGACCAGUUCUUAGCGCGUUGCCAACUUUGCUGUCGAGUCAAUUUUUCGCGAUCCAAGAGAAAGGGUGCCGGAAGAAUUUCCCAGACAAUGAUUCAAGAAAGAAGGAGACUAGAUUUCUAACCAGGAUCGUUGUCUGGAAAAUUUCCCUCUUGUUUCGCUUGAUUCCAGCACUUAGCUAAGAUCGCUAGCAUGGAUAGAACGAGCUUAAGAGUUUGAAAGUGGACACAAUUAAAUUUGCU